CAUGCAGGAGAACUAUGAGAAUGUGACCUCAUUGGCAAGGUUUCCUGUUACCCAGCCUGAUGUGAUCUCCCAGCUGGAACAAGGGGAAGAGCCAUGGGUCCCAGACCUCCAGGGCUCUGAGGAAAGAGAGAUCCUGAGAGCUCCCCGCACAGGUGAUGCAAUGGCAUGUGAGAAAGAGGAGCAGAAUUCUCAGAAGGAAAAUGUUGAGCAAGUGGAUAAACACAGAGCAUUAUUGCAAAGAUCGAAAAGGAAUGUGUCCAGGAGUAAUGAGCAGGGAAACUCCUUUGAGAUUCAGCACAGACCAGAAAGAGAGCAGGGAAACCAGCCAGGGGAGAAAUUGGAUAAAUGUAUUUCCUGUUGGGGAACUCAGAAGGUCCUCAUGGAAACCACAACACAACAGGAAAUCCUUAGGCGAAAGAGAAAAAAUACAUGCACUGAGUGUGAGAAAAACUUCACUCACAGAUCAAGCCUUUCUGUUCAUCUGAGAAUCCACACAGGGGAGAGGCCCUAUGAAUGCAGUGAGUGUAGGAAAAGCUUCACUCACAGAUCAGCCCUUUCUGUGCAUCAGAGAAUCCACACAGAUGAGAGGCCCUAUGAAUGCCGUGAGUGUGGGAAGACCUUCAAUCACAGCUCAAACCUUAUUGCCCAUCAAAGAAUUCACACAGGGGAGAGGCCGUAUAAAUGCUGUGAGUGUGGAAAAUGCUUUAUUAAGAGUUCAGCCCUUUCUGAGCAUCAGAGAAUCCACACAGGGGAGAGGCCCUAUGAAUGCAGUGAGUGCGGGAAAACCUUUUCUUGGCACUCAGCCCAUGUUAGCCAUCAGAGAAUCUGCAAAGGAGAUCAACAUUGUAAAAAUCUCUAGGGCUAUCAAGACUCUCUUUUCUUUAAUACUUUUCCUGAUUCCCACAUAGUAACUUUUAAAGCUCUUUGAACUGUUUGCAGCACCGUUAUCCCUCAGCUUGUCCAGAUGAGUGGCCCAUUUUUGCCUUUUGCAGUUCGCCCUCUUUUGAGGUGGACCUAUUUGUCCUUUCUAUUGUCCCACAAGUAAUUUGAGUGUGCCCUUCCUAUGAGGAACCAGGGAGCGUCACAUUUAUACCAUUCCUCCUAUUGCAAAGUUAUUGUUAGAGUCACCAGUGAUAGAGAUUGUAUCAUUGACAGUUGUUCUCACGUUGCUUUGGGUUGUGCUGAAGAGCAGUUAUAUUGGGAAUUUUUCAAAUUAGAUGUAAAUGAAGAGGAGCUGGGGCAGGAAAAAAGUAUAAUUUCAGCUUCCGUGACACUGGAAGGAGAUGGGGUGACUCAAAGAUUCCCUCCUUCCCCUUCACUGCAGAACUGUUAUCUUUUGCCUGAGCCAUGCAGAGUUUAUGUUCAUCACAUUCUAUCCAUCCACUUCUCAAAGUGUCAUGUGAUGAAGCAUUCUCUGUUGUCCGUGCUUGCAGAUGAUGUUUUUACUACUUUAAUCCUAUAUAAGAGUCGCUGUGACUGGAGAUGAAAGUGUCAAAGUCCUGGGAGGGGAAUUCAAAUGGAUCCCAAAUAGAGUGUGAUCAUUUAGAGUUUAAAUCUCAGGUUCCAUUUAUUGUAAAGCCAUUUCUGGCAAGAGGGGUGUUUUUCCCUCAUGGGGAUGCUAGGAUACUAAAAAAUUUCGUAAAUAACAUAACUGACUAUGGAGACAGGGAUGAGGGAAGCAGGUUUGAAUGGAUCAGAGGACAAUGUGGUGGGAGAAUCUCUUGUCCCGGUUCUGAAUAAUCAGAUGUAACCUGCUCUGGAAUUUCACUUGACGCUUUCUUUGUAAUGUAUUCUCUCUCUGUGAUGUGGGUUUCUAUCUUUCCUGAAGGCUGUGUUUGGUCACCCAGUUGGAUAUUAGUUCAGUUUGAUAGGAUGUAGCUCAAAUUUAUUGAAGAAUUUAAGACAAUGACCCUUUGCUAAAGUCCUCAUUUAUGAUUUCAGUUUUGCUUUUUCCCCAUCCCUGCAUGAUGACAUGGAGAAAGUUGAAGUGCAGUUCUAUCAACAGGAGAGAACUCUCUAAUUUACUGGACAGGCUAACAAAGAAA